AUUAAAGACAACACUCUUCUACUAUUCUGUAACAUCCAACACAGCACAACCUUCAUGUGCUCAGUGUUCUCUUCUCACCACAAUGUGAACUGAGGACUCAUUAGUCGCUCACUGACACAUUUUUUUGUCUCUUUCAAAAUACUAGUUCUUAUCAUUUCCUUCUUUUUCCUCCCAAAGAAAAAGCCAAAAGAAAAAAAAAAAAAGAGCUUUUUCUUUACCUCCCAAUCCUCUACAAUCCCCAUAAAGAAAGGAAGUGGAAAAACACAGAAGAAAAAGGAAAAAAAAAGAAAAAGAAAAGAAAAGAAGUGUAAGGGCAAGAAUAGGGACCAUUAUUCAGAUGCAAAUCAAAAAAACUUCACAGAAACCUUUCUGGUCUCAAAUGGGUGCCCUUAAGCCCACAUUUGCCUACUUGGUCUUGGUUUUAUUGCACACACACACAUACCCCGGGGCUGGGGCUGCUGCUCAUGCUCAACAACAGGCUGAAUGGAAGUCUGCUACUGCAACAUACUCCAACCAAACAUAUGACUCCAUCGUUAUCGAAGGUGCUUGUGGUUAUGGGGACCUUCACAGGACCAGCUAUGGAAAGCACAGUGCCGGACUAAGUAGUAUGCUAUUUGAAAGAGGGAGUACCUGUGGGGGAUGCUUCGAGCUGAGAUGUGUCGAUCACAUUUUGUGGUGCCUGCGGGGAAGCCCUUCCGUCAUUCUAACCGCCACGGAUUUCUGUCCCCCGAAUUAUGGGCUUCCAGCUGAUUAUGGUGGGUGGUGCAACUUCCCCAAAGCACAUUUCGAAAUGUCCGAGGCUGCAUUUGCCGAAAUAGCAGAGCCAAGGGCUGACCUAAUUCCAGUUCAGUACAGGAGGGUUAAUUGUGAGAGAAAUGGAGGGAUUAGAUUCACCGUGAAGGGGAGUUCAUACUUCCAUCAAGUUCUGAUCACCAAUGUAGGCUUGGAUGGGCAAGUGAUUGCAGUGAAAGUAAAAGGAUCAAAGACAGGGUGGAUACCCAUGGGUAGGAAUUGGGGCCAAAAUUGGCAGUGUAAUAUCAACCUUGCAGGACAGCCUCUUUCGUUCGAGGUCACAACGAGCGGCGGGAAAACAGUCACAUCCUACAAUGUUGCUCCGGCAAACUGGAGAUUUGGUCAGACAUUCCAAGGGAAACAGUUCUAGUAUUGGCAAGAUGAAAAACUAGAAUUUAGAAGUCAGGCAGCAGAUAAUCAAGAUAACAAAGGUAUGCACAUCAAAAAGCAUUCAGCUUUGAGUAAUCUAAAUUCCCAGCCAUUCAAUGAAUUCCAGUUCAUGGUCAAAAUAGAAGAAAAAGUUGGAGAACAGCUUUGAAAAGAAUACAACUUGUAGGCCCCAAUUAGACCUCUUUGUUAUAUGUUGAGAAGAAAAUAUACGCGUUGAUGGAAUGUGUAAUUAUGAAAAAGCAAAAGUAUGUCUCCCUUGAAAUUGCAUUCUUCUGCUGUAUGUGAAUUCUCUAUUCUGGUUUAUCUGAGCCCUAAAAUUU